CUCUCCUGUCCUUCAGGUAUUUCUCCUGCUGUUGACUCUAGACCUCAUCUCUCUCCUGUCAUUCAGAUCAACAUGAAGAUCUCUAUCUUUGCCGGUGUUCUGCUGCUCUCUGCUGCCGUGCUCUCUGUGGACGGACAGAGUUGGUUUCAGUUUCAAAAUAAGCACAUCAACGCUGGGAUGACUGCUGGCCAAUGUACCACGGUGAUAGCAGCCAGAAGAAUCGUGACCCCACCCACACUGAAAAACCCAAGAAACAGCUGCAAGGGUUUCAACACCUUCAUCAACACACCGAAUGUGAAUGCUGUUUUAGACGUCUGUGUUGGGGGGGGGAGACCACAUGGCAAUGGUUUUAGAAUUAGCACUGCUACUUUUUCACUUAUCGACUGUAACCUGGUGAAUCAGUAUCCACCGGCCGUUCCCUACAACUGUCAGUACAAUGGUGUCGCUCGUAACAACAGAAGGAUUAUAGUCAGAUGUGACAACUACAAUCAACCUGUUCACUUUCAUGGAAGUCUGUAAUCCAUUACUACCUGAUGAACCAGAGUAAUCCAUUACUACCUGAUAAAACAGAGUAAUCUAUUACUACCUGAUGAACCAGAGUAAUCUAUUACUACCUGAUGAACCAAAGUAAUCUAUUACUACCUGAUGAACCAGAGUAAUGUAUUACUACCUGAUGAACCAGAGUAAUCUAUUACUACCUGAUGAACCAGAGUAAUCUAUUACUACCUAAUGAACCAAAGUAAU